AUGAGUGAAAGCGAAGAUACAGUUAUAUGUAGUUAUUUAUACUUUUAUUAUUUGUUAUAAACAGUUUAAAAAGGUAAUCAAUAGGUUGUUCAGCAAUCUUAAUAGGAGUAAAUAUCUUAUAACAGCCCUCUGAAACUCAAUUAAAAAUAGGAAGAUGAUGAUAAGUUAUUUUAUGCUAAUAGCAAUUCUUUGAACAAUAAAAAUCUACUAGCCAAAAAGAAAAUGAGCUCAACUCAAUAGCAUAAAAGACCCCACAUAAAUUCAAAUAUAGCUGAUAGCUCUGAUUAAUUUGAUUCGUAGAAUAUGGAUAAUGCAUGUUAAAAUGUAUCUAAUAAUAAUUAAAUACAUAAUGUUUCUCAUCUCUCAAGAGUACGAGUUAUCAAGAAAAAUUUAGUAUAUGUCAUAGGUAUAGCUCCUUAAUUAGCUAAUGAGCAAAUUUUGCAGUCUUACCAGUACUUUGGAUAAUAUGGAAACAUACAAAAAAUUGUUGUCAACAAAAACAACAUAUAUAAUCCUAAAGGACCUAAUGGACCAUCUUAUAGCGCAUACAUAACAUAUACUGAAGAAAAAGAAGCAUCUCUUUCUAUACUUGGUGCAGAGAACUUCAAAAUUUUUGAUAGAAUAAUUAGAGCCUCUUAUGGAACAACGAAAUAUUGCAGCUUCUUCCUGAAAAAUUUAGAUUGCCCUAAUAUACCAGAUUGCCUUUACCUUCACUCAUACGAAAAAGAUGAUGACUACUUCUCAAAAGAUGAAAUGGUCAGCAAUAAAAAUAUAUUCAUCGAUCAACAGAAAAUAGCUAUUAAACAUGUUAAAAAAUAUAUACCAGAAAUAUUGAGUGAGUAUUAAUAAAAUAAAAGUUUUUAUGAGUCUCAAUCUCAUAUCUUUGCUCUACCAAAUCUAUCAAAAAUAAUAGAUAAACUAAAAGAGUAUUCCGCAAUUACAAAUGAGUAGUAUUUAGCUUGUAGAGAAUAUUAGCAAAUCCCAAAUACUUUUGUUUUGAGUUAGUUUUUGCCAAAUGUAAUAAAUUAGCAUGGAUUAAAUAACUCUUACAGCUCUUUUAUAGCUUAAAACACUGUUGUACCAUAAUAACCGAAGUAUGAUUAUGACUUUAAAGUACAAUAAAGUUCAUAUUUUAAUCCGUUUUCUUAAAAUCAAGAAAGUCUCACUACAACAACCUCUAGUUGCUUUAAUAGAUAACAAUUUUAUUAUCAAAAAAAAAAUAAUUUCUUGUCUUAGAGUGCUAUGAGUAUAAAUUAGGGUAUUUAUAGCAAUGCUACUUAAAAUUAAUCACAUUUUUCUUAUUAUUAUCCUUCAUCUCCUCCUAUUAAAACAUAAUAUUUUACAGCACAAUAAUCUUAAAGCGAGUAUUUAAACACAAAAUAUUGUUAAUAUGAAUUAGUUAAUCAAACCCCUUAAGUUACUCCAUUUGAAAUAAAUGAUCAAUAAAGUAAAUAAGAUAGUGCUUAAUAGAAAAUUAUCCAAUAAAAAUUUGAUAAUUUUCCACAUCCUCACCAUAAUAAUUUUAAUAUUUAUCAGCAAAAUAACGAUAAUUUAAAAUUUGUUUAACCUAACGAUGACAAGUCAAACUUUAGGCUCUAGUAAGACAAUUCAAAUAUGAGUAAAUAAGAAUUUUCAAAGCUUAAUUACUCUUAUGAAAAAGAUAAAAUAGCUGAGUUGACUUCUGAAGACACAACUUAAGUUUCAAUGGAAUGCUCUCAAGCUGAUAACAAUUGUGCUUCUCAAAAUUAGGAAAAAAAUUUUAAAUCUGAAAUUGAAAGCUAUUCAAACAAUUAGUAUUCAACUUUAACUGAGACAAAUAAGGAGUUAACAGACACUCAAAGCUAAUAUAGUAUCGAAGACGAUCUUAAUGCUAUUUAAUCUGAAACUUUGUAGAUUUAAAAUAGUAAAGAAGAUUAUUUUCACAAAAUGCUUAAUAAAAAAAAAUCUUUGAACUAAAUUUAAAGUCAAGUUGCUCACCUUUCUAAAAAAUCUAGUCACUCAAUAAAAUCCAAUUACUCUUUAGGAGAAUCAAAUGAAGAAGAAACAAAUAAAAUUUAAGAAAUUUAACUAAAUUAAAAAUGUGAGUGUGACUCUUUACCAGUUAAAGGAGAAGGAAACAGCAUAUCUUAAAAUAAGUUUGAUUCUGGAAGUAAGACAAUAAACCAAAAUUACGAACUUAUUGCUAAUUUUUGGGAUGAAUAAAAUUACAAAAAUAAAUAAUAACAAAUUCUUUUAAAACAGCAAAAUAAUUGCUUAGGAUAAGAGUCUGAAAACGAAAAACAUUAAUUACUUGAGCAAAAAAUAAUACAAGAUUAAUAAAACUAAGAAAAAAAUCCAUUCUAUUAUUAUGAAAGCGAGUAAAAUAGCUUUUAAGAGCUAUGUUCUGGCUUUAAUACGUUUGUUUUAACUAAAUUUUAUUGA